UGUAAUUGGACAACAUGAUUCUGUUGUAUUUAUAUCUAUAUUACAUUCUGUUUCCUUUUUUCUUUUUUUUUGGAUGAUAUCCAUCAGGUCCAACAGGGAAGGCUUCCGUUGUCCACAUAGCAAUGAAAGGAGACCUUCUGUCUGUGAAUGAUAAGUGGGAGAAUGUCAAUGGAGAAUAUAAGAGGAGCAAAAAUAGCGCCCUGUGGAACCCAACUUGAGGAUGGAGAAUGACCCACUGGUAUCCACAGAGGUUCUGGCAGGUUUCAACGUGUGUUGUCAUUUGUCCCCAGUAUUAAAGCCUUCCCACAGCUACUGGUCUACAUUCACAUAGAUCCUCCUGCUCUGUACAAGUCUCUACUGGGCCAUACUAGCUCUGCUCCUCCAGCCUGUACUGAGGAUCAUGAUGAUGGGGAUGUUGAAGAGGUCUCCUGUGUGGAUCCUGCUGGGUCUUUCUCUGGUCCUGGCGGUCCGAGGAGAGCAACAAACCACCCUGGAGCCCACCAUCCAGGAAGAGAUGAUCACAGCCAAGAAGGUCUCGCUCCUGGGGGGUUGGAAUCCGAGGAGCCCAGAGUCUGAGGAGGUCCAGGCCGCCGCCCUUCAUGCUGUUGAGAAGUUCAACGGCCAAUCAAAAUCCAAGAAGACAUUUCAACUGGUAUCCAUCACCUCUGCUCAGUCCCAGGUAACCAACGUGAUCAACUAUAAACUGAAGGCCAUCUUGGGGAAAACUGCAUGCCUCAAGUCUGAAACCAACCAAGUGGACAAGUGCACUCUGGGACACAAGCGACUGGCCUGCACGUUCGAGGUAAGCUUCAACCCCCGGAAGCAGGUUCACCAACAGGUGGAGUCUUCAUGCCACAAGAUGGUGUCCCCCUCCUUGCCUACCGCCUCCCCCCCUCUGUCCCUCCCACUGGACAAUGCCUCUCCUAACUAGUGAUGUGCGAUUCAUGAACGAUUCAUUCUUUUAAAACAAAUCUUUUGUGCAAUCCGGUACGUACGAUUCGUUUGGAUAUAUUUUGAACUAUGGAUACAUUUGGAUUAUAUAUUACUAUAUAUUCAGAUGUAUUGGGAUUAUAUAUUACAAUAAAUAUUGGGCUAACAUUGAAUAAAGUAGCAGCAUGGUUUUUAUUGUCGGUUUGAUGGGGCUCGUUAGCUUUUUGGCCAUGCUUUUAGCUUGUUGGAACCACGAGCGUGUUACUAGUUUACUCUUUACUUUUCAUGUAACGAUCAACAAUAAAUUCAGUCAUGACAUUUUAUAAUUCAACAAAAAAGGAUCCUGAAAACAUAGCAAUGCAUAAUAUGUAAAAUUUCCGCAAUAAAAUUUCAACAAAAUAAUUGACCUAAGUAAUACAUUUUGUUAAGUUGUGCACCUACAUUUUCCAACAAUUUCCAAACCCUUCAUCUAUGGUAUCGGUCAAUGAAAUUUUGUUUGCUUUGCAAUGGCAUCGUAAUCGUACUAGAAAUAUGCCAAACUUCCUUUUGGCAUAAUGUUUAUUUUCUGACAAUGCGGCAUCCAAUUAUAUCUCGGACCUCAGAAAUUCCGACUUCCAAACAGGAGAAAGAUAACGCUGUGUAAAAUCCAAGUUCCUAGUCGCAAACUUUGGUUUCUCAUCCCCCAGUUCAAGCAUAAUAAUUUUUUUAUGAUCUCAUACAUCUUCACAUAUGCUUUUAUUUGAAUAUAUUUAACGUGUAAUAUGUAUUAUUAUUAUUAUAUUACAUAUAGUAUAAUUAUUAGAAAUACAUAUUUUGUAGCGGGAGGGGGGA